UGUCACGCAGCGGCUCGCUGCUCUGAAAACCACGGGAAAGCUCAACGUUGUUGACAUAUUUUAAAACCUGCUAGUUUUCGUGUUCGGGGCAGAUAUGGAUGACCAGGGGUGUCCGAGAUGCAAAACAACAAAAUACAGAAACCCGUCGCUGAAGUUGAUGGUGAAUGUCUGCGGUCACACGCUAUGUGAGAACUGUGUGGAGAUGCUGUUUGUGCGUGGCUCGGGCAACUGUGUGCAGUGUGACACACCGCUGAGGAAGAACAACUUCCGUGUGCAGCUCUUCGAGGAUCCAACCGUAGAUAAGGAAGUAGAGAUUCGCAAGAAGGUGAUGAAAAUUUACAACAAGAGGGAUUUUGACUUCAGAAGCCUGAGAGAAUAUAAUGAUUACCUGGAGGAAGUGGAGGACAUAGUUUACAACCUGACAAACAAUAAUGAUGUGGAGAAUACCAAGCUGAGGAUGGAGCAGUAUCAAAGGGAAAACAGAGAUGUCAUUCAAAGGAAUAAAGCAAAGCUUACACGAGAGCAGGAAGAGCUAGAGGAGCUUCUGCUGCUGGAACAGCAGAGCAAUGACCAGCGGAGACUGGAAGUACUGCAGGAGGAGAAGAAACAGCUCCAAGCUAAGAAGAAGAACAAACAGGCUUUGCUGGAUGAACUGGAACAGUCUCAGCUUCCUGCCACAAUCUUGCUUGCCCAACACAAGGUUCGCGCUGCCCAGCUGGAGACUGAGUUAGAGCAGAAGAAACAGACUGUGAAGCCUACCAGCAUGUUUUCAACUGGAAUCCAUAUGCGCCAGACUGUGUCUCUCCAGCCUUUGCCCAAGAUAGAGGAGGUUCUGUACCAGUACCAACCCAUUCACAUUGAAACCUAUGGACCCCCGGUGCCUGACCUGGAGCAGCUGGGCAGAUUUGGGUACUUGAACCAUGUUCGGACUGCCCUGCCACAAGACACGGCCGGCGGAUACACCUCAGCUCUGGCGUGUCAUCGAGCCGUCCAGGAUGCUUUCAGUGGGAUGUUCCCUCUGAGAGGUUAAACACAUUCAACCUUGUUCAAGUUCCAAAUGGGCUUGAAUGGACUAUAAAUACAGCACUACCACCUCUUUGCUGCUGUGGCUGGUAUUGCUCGGAUUUGUUUUUGGUCAAUUGGUAACGUAAUAUUUUAAGUUGUUUUUUUGUCGUUUUGUUUUUUAAUAAAAAUGAACAGUCAA